AUCCGGUGUGCACUAGGACCUGUGGGAAUCCAGCAGCUCGAGACAGCAAUAAUAACAGCGCAGGCUUUCAGUCACUCACUGCAUUUCGGGACACACCUGGCUUUCUGAUCAGAGACAAUUCCGUUGAAAGUCUCUCUUCGAAAUGGAAAUAAUCUGACAGUUUAAUUAAUCGAUGUUGGUGGCAUCGUAAUGUCUAGAUCGGUACCAUUGCAUAUGUGGCAAUGUGCAUAUGAGCCGAGUUCACAUAAAUGGACCACGCAGACGGUCAAUUGAGAUCCGAAACAUCGACGUCGACGAUGACGUUUCAUGAACAAUGACACUAACGCUGCGAGGAUCGACACAUAUUAAGCGCACGAGAAGUGGGGAAAGAUGGAAAACAACAAGGCGAACGAGCAUGACAUCACAGAGGUGGUGGCGCAGCAGUCCGCCGUGAACAAGAGUGAGAACGGUGUCGUGAUGGUGAUCAGCCACAGUAACGUCCAACCACCCUUCAGUGUGCUGUGGGCGACGGUCCUGUACUGCGCGGAGUUUAUAUGUGCCUCUGUGCUCAGCAGCAGGUACCAUGACACUGAGAACGUGGUGUGGAUGGGACUGACUAUUACAUUCAUGCUGGUUCCGUCGGUGCUGACCCAACUCACACUGACCUUCGUGCACCGGGACUUGGGGAGAGACCGACCCCUUGUGCUCUUCAUGCAUCUGCUUCAGAUGGGGCCUAUCAUAAGGUGCAUUGAAGCUCUUGUUGUUUACUGGCAGGCGGGUAAAAAGGAGGAACCAUAUGUUACGAUUUCAAGAAAGAUCAAGCUAAAGCAUGGCAGAGGCUUAGGCUCAGCCCUCGAAUGUGAGAUCGGACACUCUGAGCGCAAGCUAGCCGUCCACCGCAAUGCCUUCAAGCGCACAGCUGUCAUCCAGGCCUUCCUAGGCUCCACUCCUCAGCUCACUCUACAGCUCUACGCCACCAUUCAGGAAAAAUACGUCCUUCCCCCGCGCCUUGCCCUGAUGAUCAUUUCCUUGAUAUCAAUCGUAUACGGGGCUUUAGUUUGCAGUGUUCUGGCCAUACAGAUCAAGUACGACGACUACAAAGUGCGAAUGAAACCUGCCGCCUACCUGUGCAUGAUCCUCUGGCGAGGGUUAGAGAUCGCCACACGGAUCACCACCUUGGUGCUUUUCAGCUCAGCGCUCACGUUCUGGGUGGUCCUGGUGGGCCUGACCAACCUGUUGAUCUUCUUCUUCCAACCAUGGGUUGAGUUCUGGGCCAGGAGGGCGUCACUGCCUGAGAACAUUGAGAUGAACUUCAGCAAGCUGGGCACCACCGUGGUGCUCUGCAUGAUCACGUUCCUCUAUGCCUGCAUUAAUAUUUUCUGCUGGUCUGCCGUGCAGCUGGACCUGGCCGACCACGACCUGGUGGAGAAACAGCCCCGCUGGAGAUGCUUGGCAAUUUACUACACCUUUCGCUUUAUGGAGAAUGUUACCCUUAUCGUCUUGUGGUACUACUUCAAGUCUGACUUCUACGUAUACGUGUGCACACCACUGCUGGUGGUGCAGCUUAUCGUGUGCUACAGCCUGGCUGUGAUCUUCAUGCUGGUCUUCCAUCAGUUCUGCCAUCCGUGCCGCAGACUCUUCCACUACAACGUCGAGGACUGUCUACGUUGUGCGUGCUGCUGGAAGAAAAAGCAAUUCGAGCUACCUGCAGACCGUGCAGAAGGUCUUCAGGAACAUGCACCUCCUGACCUCGCUAACCACCUGACAGAUAGAGAAACCGAUAUUGUGGAUGAUAUCAUGGAGGCAGCAUGAAUUAAGUUGGCUGUUUGUUAUUGUAGCUCUGUUUGGGGCCAUGCUAGGCGUAUUUGCACAUAUCCUGACUCAGGAGUAUUAUUUCGAGAUGAACUAUGCUAUACCUACUGUACUUGGUGAAGGAACAAUUGAUUUUAUAUGGUCCUAAAAGCUUCAGGAAUUUUGUUUUACGUCAUUUGGAGCUUUCCUCCAAAAAAGGAGAUGUAGAGCAUGAUAACCUUAUUACAUUUAUGUGGAGAGGGCAGCUCAUAAUUUAUUAAUUGUAGUGCGCUGACCAUAGACUGACCCAUUUCUUCUUGUUGGCCAUUGAAGACCAAAGAAUGCCUUCGGUUGAGUUAUGCUGUGAUGAUUCACAAAGGCAGCUUUCAUUAGGGAGCUGCAUGGCCAGGUGUGUGGGAAAUGUGCCAAUUUUGGAGGAAUGAAAAUAGUAACAUUUUAGUACCUGCUGCACUAACUUUUUCCAGGAAACUGUGACUCAACUAGCCAAAGAGCCUUCUGAAAUUUUCUUAGGUUUGCCUCAGCAGCCCUGUGCUUUUUAUUAAACCUCUAGAUUUGGAGAGCCUUCUUUAAUGUUGGUAAUUGAACUCUCAUUUGCCUUAAUAUUGUGUGAUAUUGUAAUUUUGUGCCUGAAUAGACUCAUGUUCUUAAUUUUCCACUGGCAAAAAAAAGAUGUCUGUUUGUUUAUUUUGUAUGGAAAUAUUUUUGCCUGUGUUUGCCUGAAUUAUGUGCCUCUUAAGUACUGAGUUGGAAUAUAUGAAUAAAGAUGCAUUGAAUAUUUGAA